UUUUACGUUAGGAACAGUGCUUUACGGCACUGUUCGUUUCGGUGUAAACAUGGAGGUCGGCGGCUCUGGGUGAGGAUCACUUACUGCAACUGAGUGUGUUAGACGGACUGCGGGAUGGACAGGAAGAAACCGCUACAGGUCACAGCGACCUCGUUGGUAGAUCUCAAGGCUGAGCUUUUCAGGAAACAAGAAGAAUUCAAGCAAGAGAAGCUUUCCAAAGAUGCUGGAGGACCCUCAAAACCAAAAGGAGUCCCCAAAAAACCCAGUGUGUGGAGUAAGCAGAAUGCAGGGGUUGCAGGCCGAGCAGGAAAAGAUUUUGACGAAGUGGUGGAACAGGAUAAUCCUUUGGAAAAAUCCAGGCAGAAGCUAGAGGAAAAGGCUCUUCUUUAUGAAAAGAUGACCAAAGGAGAUUUCCCUGAUGAGGAGACAGAAGAGCUGUACCUGGUGGAUUUUGCUCAGAAGAUUAUAGAGAAACGGAAGGAGGUGCAGGCUUUAUGUCAAAAGGAGAAGACAACAGAAGAGGAUGAAAUUAAUCCUGGUCUACCAAUUCCAGCUCCUCAAGAUCCGGGAGAAGAAUGGGUGGAUUAUGUAGACUCACUUGGCCGAUCCAGAAGGUGCAUGAAGAAGGACCUUCCAGACCUUCUAAAAAUGGAUAAUGAUCUGAAAGGAAAGAGACCAGCUUCAGAGGAGAAGACUCUCCUGUCAGAUGACAUGAGGAGGGAGAUGCAGAGAAAGCAGUGGGAACAGGAGGAGGAGGAAGCAAUGAAAAGACCUGUGGGUCCCAUGCAUUAUGAAGAUAUUCGGCAACAUGAGGCCAGGCAGCUUGGUGUUGGCUAUUUUGCCUUUGAUCGUGAUGAAGAGGCUCGUCGUAAGCAAAUGGACACCUUGAAUAUGUUGCGAGAUCAGACUGAAGAUCAGAGGCUGAAACGUGAGCGACUUAAAGAAAAGCGUAACGCUAUGCUACAAGCUCGACUCUCCAAAUUACGUCAGCGAAAAAUGAAGCAAAUUAAAGGAGAAGGAGCAGAGGAGGAGAGAGUGCAGGGUGAGGAAGAAGGUGAUCUGAUUGGGCCAGAACCUCCUGAAUCAGAACCUACAAUAUCUGAGCCAAAGGUGGAUGUUGUGGUCCAGGAGAGGAAAGACACACAGCCUGGCAUACCACAUGUCAGAGAGUGGGACAGAGGCAAAGAAUUCACAUUUGGACAAUGGUCAAAACCUCGACCUGACUCUGAAGAUGAGCGGGACCCAGAGUUUGCACCACCAUCAUCUUACUCUUCAAAGAAGAGGAAAACCCAACGCUUUAGGAAAAAAAAGAAUAAAAAAAACCCCGGGCCUUCAACUGAUAAUAUCAAUCCUGGAUCCAGCCAGACAACAUUUUCUGAAGAGCAGCCUAGCCGAACCCAAAAUGAGGGUCCAGACGGGAAGCGUUUGGAUGACUUAUUGUCUUACUAUCGACGGGUGACUUGAUCAUCCAUCAGGGUAUAAACACGUGAACCAAGAACUUGCAGUACAUUUUUAUAAAAUGGGGAAUGGAGAUGAAUGUAUUAAAAAUAUUGAUAUUUUAUCUAAUGCAUUCAGGAGCAAGGUUCACAUAAAUCAGGUACAGUAAACAUGGAAACCAAUUGAAUGUUCCUGUUGACUUACCACUUUUAGAAUUUUAUUCCUGGAUUGCUGUUAAUGCAAUAUCUCCAAUGUACCUGUGGAACAAACUAAAAAGAAACACAUUGUCUAAAGUCCUUGUUACAUUAUUAAAGAAAAAAAAUAUAAAAGAUA